AUGUAUCAUUUACUUAAAAAUGUCUUUACAAAAAACGUUAAUGUUAUUAAUGUUAUAAACACAUCUCGAAUUACCACUACUAUUGGUGUAUUUAAUAACCAUAAUGAUCAUCUUGGGACGAAUCUAAUUAAAUCCUUUUCUACUUCGGCGUCUUUUGCCGCAGGAUCGAAUAUUAGUGGUAUAUCAAAGGAUCAUCCGUUAUGGAAAUUAGGAAAUUUAAAUCAUGUUGCUAUAGCAGUACCAAAUCUUGAUAAUGCUGUAAAUUUUUACAAGAAUAUUUUAGGUGUAGAACAAGUUAGUGAGGCUGUGCCACAACCAGAACAUGGAGUAUAUACAGUAUUUGUUAAUUUGGGUAAUACAAAAAUCGAAUUAUUACACCCAUAUGGUGAAAAAUCUCCCAUAAAAAAUUUUUUAGAAAAAAAUAAAAAUGGAGGUAUACAUCAUGUUUGCAUUGAAGUUAAUGAUGUAAGUAAAGCUGUUAAAGACUUAUUAGAUAAAGGCGUUAGACCAUUGGAUCCCGAACCAAAAAUUGGUGCUCAUGGUAAUCCUGUUGUGUUUUUGCAUCCAAAGGAUUGUGGUGGCGUUUUGGUCGAAUUAGAACAAGUUGAAAAUGAAUAG